AUGCAGAAGCGUCCAAAGGAUGAUUCUGAUGUUUCCCCUCUGUCGGAGGAUGAUGACUAUGUGCCGUAUGUGCCAUUGAAACAGAGGAGAAAGCAAAAGCUCUACGCAAUACGUCAGGCCCUCGGGAAUCUAGCCUACUCUGAACCCACGGAGUCAGAUCACGAAGACGCUACAGCGACUGUCGACAAUACGACUGACAAGAAGACUCCCGAUGGUCCCGCUUUGCCCUCCUCGACCUUGGGCCAGACCAAUGGGGAGGCAGAUGGACAGGAGACUGCUGGUCCCAAGGCUAAGGGUAGCCUCUUUGACACCAUGUGGGAGCUCAAGAAACAGGCUGAAGAAAAGAGGGAGACAGAACGUGACAAGAAAUUGAAGGAGGAGGCCCUCAUUCUCAACAGUGUCACCGAAAAGACCGCCCUCAAGGGCGUUGGCGAAAUUGCAAUGGGUAUCCACUAUGACAAACCCGUCCAAACUGGGUGGCGACCAGCCCCAUGGCUCGAAAAUCAAUCAGAAGAGAAGUCGGAGCAAAUUCGGAAGCGCUACCGCAUACUUGUAGAGGGUGAAGCGGUGCCCCCACCAAUUCGCUCUUUCGCAGAGAUGUGCCUCCCUCGAGUGGUGGUGGAAGAAUUGCGUUCUCGUGGCAUCGUCAAACCCACUCCCAUUCAGAUGCAGGGUCUACCUGCGGUUCUCUCGGGCCGUGAUAUGAUUGGUAUCGCCUUCACCGGCUCGGGCAAAACCAUGGUCUUUGCUCUCCCCAUCCUCAUGUUCGCUCUGGACCAAGAGUCCAAAAUCCCCUUCCUUCCCAGUGAGGGGCCCUAUGGCCUCAUUCUUGGGCCCUCCCGCGAGUUGGCACGUCAGACGCAGGAUGUUUUGACACAUUUGGCCUCCAAGCUAGCCCGCGCCGGCUACCCCGAAGUCCGUAUAGGCCUUUGUAUCGGUGGUAUGGCAGUUAAGGAUCAGGUGGACAGUUUUCGUCGCUCUGGUGUUCAUAUCCUCGUCGCCACCCCUGGUCGCCUCAUCGAUCUGCUAGAAAAGAAGAUUUUCAAUUUGGAGAUCUGUCGGUACCUUGUGCUAGACGAAGCCGAUCGCAUGAUCGAUAUGGGCUUUGAAGAGGAGGUCCGAACUAUUUUCUCCUACUUCAGGGGUCAACGACAGACUCUCUUGUUCUCUGCCACAAUGCCAAAAAAGAUUCAAAAUUUUGCCAAGUCGGCGCUGGUGAAACCAGUUACUGUGAAUGUUGGCCGAGCAGGCGCUGCGAGUUUGAAUGUUAUUCAGGAGGUUUGCUACGUGAAACAUGAGACAAAGAUUCCGGAAUUACUGGAAGCUCUUCAGAAGACUCCUCCACCGGCCAAGAGGAAAUCUGUCGUUCUCCUUACCGGCCGAAUGUUCAAAGGAGUAAUAAUUUUUGCGGAGCGGAAGCAAGACGUUGACGCGAUUCACGAGUAUCUUCUGCUGAAGGGUGUGGAUGCGGUGUCGAUUCACGGUGGCAAGGACCAGGAGGAGCGUGUGACGGCUGUCAAGAUGUUCCGCGAACGUCAGCGUGAUGUCCUUGUCGCCACGGACGUGGCAAGCAAAGGUCUUGACUUUCCCGAGAUCAUGCAUGUCAUCAACUACGACAUGCCGGAAGACAUCGAAAACUAUGUGCACAGGAUUGGUCGUACAGGCCGAGGCAAGCAGAAAGGUUUGGCGACUACUUUUAUCAAUAAGAGUGUGAACGAGUCGACCCUGCUGGACUUAAAGCACCUGCUCAUAGAGGCGCGACAGCCGGUGCCAGAUUUCCUGCUGGAGCUCUCUGCUGAUCAUGUGGACGAGCACUUGGCGGGCGUGAGCGGUGACGAGGUGGGCUGUGCUUACUGCGGUGGCCUCGGACAUCGCAUCACACAUUGUCCCAAGCUGGAGGCCGAACAAAAUAAGGCUGCUGUGGGAAUGAGUCGCAAGGACUACCUUUCCUUCGCCGAUUACUAA